AUGUCCAAAGAAAUAGUCAGCAGCUCGGGUGUGGCACAUGGAAGCAAUAUUGGCCCGCUUCUCUUCAUAUUGUUCAUCAACGAUGUUACCCUCGCUCUACCUCCCGACAGUAUCAGUCUGUUUGCCGACGAUGCAAAAUUUUUUGCGCCUAUUCACAACACAGGUGAUUGUACAUUGCUGCAAGACGGCAUCGAAAUUUUCUGUUCAUGGUGCAAGCGUAAUGGACUGACUAUCUGCAUCGAGAAAUGCUACUGUGUGUCUUUUAGUCGAUGCAGGAGCCCAGUGACUUGGACCUACUUCAUGGACGGCACUGCAGUUAAUCGACAGAAUCAUGCCAAAGACCUGGGCGUUCUGCUUGACUCUAGUUUGAACUUUAAACAGCAUAUCGAUGUCGUUGUAGUCAGAGGAAAUCAAUUACUUGGCGUGGUUAUCCGGACAACUAAUGAAUUCCGCAACCCCAUGUGCAUCAAAGCUGUGUACAACUGUAUCGUUCGUUCGGUUCUGGAAUAUUCGUGCGUAGUCUGGAGCCCAACUACCGCUUCAUCAUUUGCUGAUUUGAGGCGAUUCAACGUAAGCUCACGAGAUAUGCCCUACGCCUACUUCCCUGGCAGGAUCGCAAUAAUCUUCCUCCGUAUGCUGCGCGGUGCCGUCUUCUAG